ACCUCUGCCAGUCUGACAUGUACGUUUCCCUGAUUAGUGCAACCACCUUCAGGACAAAUAUCAAAGCCUCAAUGCGGGAGCAGCAUCUAUUCACUGAGCGCAUGGAUGCGAGCUACUGUAGAUAUUCUUGAAUCCAUAAUUUUAUUUGUCAGUAAAGUGCUCGGGAUGUGAUGCAGCGCUGGAUGCUGCAGGCAGGAUGCGCAGAAAGAUCAAGGACAAAGAGAAAUCAGCCGUGAACUGUUAUUAGCGGUCCUCUUAGCUUUGGCAGACGGUUGAGCAGAUAUGGCGGACAAGGUGCAGGUGCUGCCGUACUUCUUCGGCAACAUCACGCGAGAGGAGGCGGAGGAGUACCUGCGGCAGGGAGGAGCGGGGGACGGCCUGUACCUGCUGCGCCAGAGCCGCAGCUUCCUCGGCGGGUUCGCUCUGUCGGUGGCCUACGGUCGCCAGCUCUACCACUACACCAUCGAGAGGGAGAUGAACGACACCUACGCCAUCGCCGGUGGGAAAUCCCACAGAAACCCCAUAGAUGUGAUCGACUACCACUCGCAGGAGUCCGACGGGCUCAUCUGUCUGCUGAAGAGGCCCUUCAACCGGCCCAGGGGCACAGAGCCUAAAGUCGGGCCCUUUGAGGACCUGAAAGAGCAGCUCAUCCGGCAGUAUGUCAAACAAACCUGGAAUUUGCAGGGCUCGGCUCUGGAGCAGGCUAUCAUCAGCCAGAGGCCUCAGCUGGAGAAACUCAUCGCCACAACGGCUCAUGAGAAGAUGCCGUGGUUCCAUGGCAAGAUCGACCGCGAGGACUCAGAGCAGCGGCUGCUCAGGAGCUCAUACGUCAACGGCAAAUUCCUAAUUAGACAAAGAGAAAACAAUGGCAGAAACGUGUCCUAUGCGCUGUGUCUCCUGCAUAAUAACCAUGUCAUGCACUAUCGUAUUGAUAAGGACAAGGCUGGCAAACUCUCCAUUCCUGAUGGGAAGAAGUUCGACACACUUUGGCAGCUGGUAGAACAUUAUACGUACAAGCCUGAUGGCCUGCUCCGAGUGCUAACCGAGACCUGCCCGAGACCAUCACAUAACUCAGAGCAAGGUGCCACAGGUGGGAUUCUCUCCAGAAUCAAAUCAUACUCCUUCCCCAAACCUGGCCAAAAAAAGGUUCAUACUGAAAAUCCCUAUAACUUUAGAUCAAACAUCAGAGGUGAACUUCCUAAGCCUAAUAUCUUCAACAACACAGAGGCUAUGCCAAUGGACACACAGGUGUACGAGAGUCCAUAUGCAGAUCCUGAAGAGCUGCGGUCAACGACAGUGAAGCGGAGCGACCUGACUCUGGAAGAUGGAGAGUUGGGCUCAGGCAACUUCGGCACUGUCCUAAGAGGAGUCUACCAGAUGAAAAAGACACAGAAGGUUGUUGCUGUUAAGAUCCUGAAGAAUGAUGAUAAUAACGCGGCGGUGAAGGAGGAGAUGCUGCGAGAAGCGAACGUCAUGCAGCAGCUGGAUAACCCGUACAUCGUUCGUAUGAUCGGCAUCUGUGAAGCAGAGAACCUCAUGCUGGUUAUGGAGCUCGCUGAGCUGGGGCCGCUGCACAAGUUCCUCCAGAAGAACAAACACAUCUCUAUGAAGAACAUCACAGAGCUGGUUCAUCAGGUCUCUAUGGGAAUGAAAUAUCUGGAAGAGCACAACUUUGUUCACAGAGAUCUUGCAGCCAGGAACGUGCUUUUAGUCACUCAGCACUAUGCAAAAAUCAGCGACUUUGGACUCUCUAAAGCCCUGACAGAAGAAGAGAACUAUUACAAGGCCAAAGGUCAUGGUAAAUGGCCGCUGAAGUGGUACGCUCCUGAGUGCAUGAACUACUUCAAGUUCUCAUCUAAGAGUGACGUGUGGAGUUUUGGAGUCCUGAUGUGGGAGGCAUAUUCAUACGGACAGAAACCAUACAAGGGAAUGAAAGGAAAUGAAGUCAUCCAAAUGAUCGAGAGUGGAGAGAGAAUGUCCGCUCCAGCCGACUGUCCGCCUGAGAUGUACGACCUCAUGAGGAAAUGCUGGACAUACAAGCUGGACGAGAGACCUGGAUUUUCUGUAGUUGAACCCAGAUUGCGGCAUUACUAUUAUGACAUAUCUCAGUGAUGAGCUAACCCAGAGCACAUGCACAAUUAUACAGUAUUUCUAAUUAGAUCAUUGACAACAUUUUUAAUCAUUUAAAGCAAUGACUUGUCUCAUAGAAUGUGUACUUCCAAUCUAUUUUUUUAUGUGAAUUGGAUUAAUAAGCAAAAAGUGCUUAUUGAAUGGUUGAUUUUUCUUCUAAAAGUAUGUGUUUGAAGCACUUUACACUUUAGAUGUAACAGCAAUACGGAUCAACUGAAGGAUGACCAGUUAAGAGCUAGACAUUAUUCUCAUUCUUUUCUCUCUCUUUCGGUUUUGUACACAUUUACUGGGUUUUGUCUUUAUCUAAGUGCCAAGUUCUUUUUUUUUUUUUUUUCAACAUUGAGUAUACGGUUUAAAA